AUGGCCGAGGCUGAGAUUCUGACAAGCUCAUCCGCACACGCAACCAAUGACUCACAAGAUUUGCAACAAAUUCUUCAAGCUAUUCUCCAAACAAAUGAAAAUCUAGCUGCUCAAAACACAGAACUCUGCCAGCUUCUCAUUUCUACUCAAGAUGCUUCUGUUCCUUGUUGGAAGAACCCCCUUCAGCUCCAGGAGGUUAACGGGCUCAACACAAACAAUUUUUUUGCUGCCAGAUCGCUACCGUCUAGGUUUUCCAGACUAUCAACAGUUGAGCAGGCCAGCUCCCCAAAUCCGAAUGAGAAGAUAUGGGAAGGAAUUUUGUCCUUGAGUGCUACCAAGUCGAAAGAUUUCAUGGAGAAAUUCUUCUACUGGGACCGACCAGAACACAUUGAAAUGGUUCUCAGUGAGAGAAGCAGAUGGACAUCCUGGAGCUACGCCGCUUCGUUUCCGGAAUUGUCGAAAUUCAUGAAGAGAACACAUUUGUCACAUCGGUCGAGCUGCCAGGUCUGGAUGGAUGAUUUAUCUUCACGGGAAGAGAAGCGAUCUAUUUCGUACAAGGAGUACAAAAAGCAUGUUCGCGUCUUAUGGGAUGGAAUCAAAGAUCGAAGGCCUCCUGCCUCCUCUCACCAUAUGUCGUUACAAGCGGACCAUACAAGUCGAUGUUCCAUUCGUUUGUUCCAGAUCGUGGACUUAUCACCCCUGGUUCUUGCCGCAAUUCUCGGCUCCACACCGCAAUCAGAUUUGAGCUAUAUGGCCGCUUUCGUCGAACGAUAUCUGAGCUUCUCUAACUGGGGCAAGGUCAGCUUGUUAAAGUUUGGUGAUAUGAGUUGGAGCUCAUUUACAAUCGAAUAUCACUUCUCAUUCUACUAUGUUUCGGCGGAAUACUCCAGUUCCGAAUCGACCAAGCAUGAUCCACGACAAUGGCGUAAAUCAGCACCAUUUGGAAGGGAAAUGGCUACGGAGACAAGGUUCAUUCAUGAAGAAACGCUGUCAUUUCUCCUCAUUGGACAUUUCAAAGACAUCGCAACCUGCUUUCAAUUGGCAGAAGCAUAUUUCAAAUUCGACCCGUAUAAGAAGAACACUCAACCCGGUUCAUUUCGUCCAUACUUGCUUGACCAACCGCCGGCGAUACUACUGCUAUCUUGGAUAUCUGUCGGACUCCAUCACGUUCUUUGGCGAUGGCAAAGUUCCAUUGAAGCGGUGGAGAGUGAGAUCAAAUCCUCAAGACAAAUCAUCUUCUUGGAAGAUAGAAGCGAUCUUAUGGCCGACGAUCCUCAAUUUUCCCUUUCCAAGACAUACUUUUGGGCUUUGCAGGCCUAUAAAUUAUUCGAGCAAACCCUACUCGAAACGAUCACAACGUGGAAACGGUUCAAGAUUGACUCUUUACCUCGACUGCAGGACCCGCGAGUUUCGGUUGAAGACUGGAAUAUUCGAGUCCAAGAUAUCGACGAUGCCAUCGAAGAGCUUGAUGCUAAAGUUUCCCGAAUCAGGAAACGAAUUGAGGAGGUCAAAGAUCUUCGGACUGGACUGAUAUCAGCCUCCGCUCUAUUUGACAGUCGGACUGCUGUGCGACAAGGCGAGAAUAUCCGACUCCUCACGUACAUCACAAUCCUCUUCUUCCCACUCUCCUUUGCCACAUCAAUUUUCAGCAUGCAAAUUCUCACGCCAUCUAGCCGGGUCCUUACUUCCUUCAUCAUUGCCCUCCCCACCAUUACACUAGGUACAGCUCUUCUCGUCUUCAAUCUAGAACACAUCCUGAAGAUGUGGACAUCCACGACGUCGUUUUGCUCUUCCUUCUUACGGCUCCGUAUGCGAGCUCAUCGACGGAAGGAUUGGAGGGAUCGAGCAAUAGCACUACAUGAAGAUCUUGCCGUCAGCAAGCCUCCAGUGCGCAAAGCACAACGUCAAUACAGCGGAUGGAUUUACCUUUUCUUCCUCAUGGAAUAUGUACUUGUGGCAUUUCCGGUCAGCGAGCUAAUUGCUCUGAUGACCACCUUCGGGAUCCUCAAUCAUCCGAACUCUUCCAAGUCCUCUCUCCACCAACGUCAGUCAUCUACACAGCUUGAGUUCGGGAAGGAUUCUGCCGAAUCAGAAUCCACCAAACACGAACAAAGAAUGGAACGCAUCAGAAAGCGAGUCGAACAAUCCCUCGAAGACGAAAGAAAGCGUGAGAAGGCCAGAAAACGUCGUGAACAAGGCCCAGUUAUUUUAGUUCUCAUCAUCAUAAGAAAGGCAUCUGUGAAAGUGUUGCAGAAGAUUGGACUAUUACUAUUUACUCUUCUACGGUCUCUCCUCGUCCCGGUUUGGACGAUAAUUCUCUUGGUCGAGUAUAUCAUUCUCGUUAUUAUUCUCUUGCUGCGAUCGCUUCUUCGAAAUUCAUUCGCCAAACGAACUUCUGUUCAAGCAAAAGAACCAACUCCUUUCCUCCGCGCUGCGCAGAUUCUUGAUCUUACAGCACUUGUCCCACGGCGCAAGGCAAAAAUCGUGACCGACUACACCCAAGACCCAGCAGAUUUUGAAUUUCGGGCAGUCACCCGUGUUGCCACCAAACUCAACCUUGCAUCGCCACGAAUAAAGACUUCCACGAGCAUGAGUAGUCUUCAUACAAGCUCAUCAACCACAAAACUAGUCAAAUCACCAAUUGUCAGCACGUCGAAUUCGCGAUCUGAUGGAAAUUCAACUGUCCCACCAGUCAUUCGCACAUAUACUGAUCCAGCCACGCUGGCACAUCACGCUGAAGAUAUCUUGCGUGUUCGCGGUCCAGGGUCGAACAGAAGCACCACAUCGACUGCGGUGAGGAAAGCAUUUAAUGGAAGACCUUCUGCCCAAACGAAUAGACCGACUGGUCUAGAGAUGAACGAAAUCGGUACGGAAGGGGCGGCGGCAACAUAG